AGCAAGAAUAUAUUCAAUAUAGACGAGAUAUCAACGAAGAAGUAUGGAGGCGGUGGGGUGAUGAUUUGGAGCUGCUUUCAUGCCAAUGGUUUUGGCCCUUUGAUCUUGAUUGACGGCACAGUUGAUCAAGACAAAUAUAUAAAUAUUUUAGCCCAAAACUACCACUCCUGGUUUGCACAACUCUGCCAGCAAGAGGACAGGGGUUUCAUAUUCCAAUAGGAUGGAGCUAUCUGCCAUAACUGGUGGUUAUGGGCGAUGGUAGAAGGAAAUCUACCAGAUCAGGGACUUUAAGU